AUGAGGCUUCUGAGGACAGAUACCUUGGAGCUUGUCGAGUUUGUGGGCCGCGUCCCGCCUUAUGUUAUCUUGUCGCACACCUGGGGUCCGGAUGAGGUGACUUUCCAAGACCUCUCACAGCUGUCCAAGACAGCACUCCGCAAGAAGGCCGGAUAUGCCAAGAUUGCAGGAUGCUGUGCCCGCGCCAUUCAGGACCAGUAUGAAUAUGUAUGGGUAGACACCUGCUGCAUCGACAAGACGAGCAGUGCCGAGCUGUCUGAAGCCAUCAACUCCAUGUACAGGUGGUAUGCAGAGAGCGACAUCUGUUACGCCUACAUGGCUGACGUUGCGGCCGAUGAGACCUCCCACCAGCUCUUCUCAGACACAUCGUCAGUGUCGAGCUUGAGGCGGGAUGUUGGGUCUCCGCCGCCCAAAGCCGCCUUCCGCACCAUACCAUCCAUUCUGAGAGAGUACGACAAGCUGCCUAGGACCUUUGAGCACUCGAGAUGGUUCACCCGGGGUUGGACGCUUCAAGAACUCAUCGCUCCGCCAUUGGUCGAAUUCUACGAUCAUGAUUGGCACGAGAUUGGCACAAAAUUCUCGUUGCGUAACAUUAUCGCCAAAGUCACGGGCAUUCCCAUCUUGGUCCUCGAGGGUGCUGAUCCCUCAACGUGUCACGUUGCAGAGCGCAUGUCGUGGGCUGCCAACAGACAGACUACGCGGAUUGAAGAUGCAGCAUAUUGCUUGCUCGGUAUCUUCAAGGUUCAUAUGCCGCUGAUCUACGGAGAGGGCCACCGUGCCUUCUAUCGGCUCCAAAAAGAAAUCAUGAAGACGACCGAAGACUAUACGAUGCUUGCCUGGGGGCUGUCCAAGUAUCUGAGCAACAAACACCACUGGAAGGGGGUCAAAGGGGAUCCCCGUCGUCCCCUCGCCGAUGGGCCGAUUGAUUUCGAGGAACACAAUCGGAACUUGUGGACCUAUGUCCGGUUGAUUCCUGACAGUAAUGUCAACUACGGAACGUCAAACCCAAGCUCGGCUGCCUUGAUGGACGACACCCCGCCGCUGAUUACGAGUCGUGGCCUUCGUGUCACACUUCUCCUUCGACCUGCAAGAAAAGCCUCUCACCAGCCUCAGGGCGGUCGCAAUAGCACCACACCCGCCAACGCUGGCGAGUACCACGCUUACAUCAACUGCAAAACCUCACGCACCUCCAGUAUCAACGACCCUUUGCUUCCUGUUUGUCUCGUGAUCCGCCCAGAGCUCAAGCACUCCUGCUCCUCUUCCUCCAACGUCUACACAGGCUCCGAUGACCCAGACAGCGCUUUUGUUCUCUUGGACAAUCCGGCCGAUCUGGCGCAGUUUUCCCGACAAACCAUCUAUCUUUCUACCGCUUCUCUGGACGACGCCCUCGGCAACCUCAACCACCGCAUUUCCUCCUUGUCCAAGAAUCUGUAUAUAUUGGACAAGCCACCUGCCUUGCGACCUGGUGACAGCACGAAAGCAACCUGGAAGAUCACAUCUUGUCACUCCCACGCCGUCGGGUCUGGCCCUGGUCAUGGACACUACGAAGUCCCCCGCAAAUUUACUUCUGCCAGCCUGUUUCAACCCUUUGAGCUCCCUCCCUACAGCGUCAGGUUGUUUGCUUUUGAGCUACCCGCCUCCCAAACGUCAGAUCAGAGCGGCAACGCCUUUGGCAUCGUGAUAGGCAACGGCUGGUGCGAUGUGAUUUCACUGAAUGAUGUGGAAUUUCAGGCAAAGUGGGGUGUUCUGGUCAGAAAUGGGAAGUGGAACGAGGUUAAUGCCCUCAGAUACAUACAGUUUGCUUGCGGGGCUUGCCAUCAUCCCGGGCAAGGUGCCAGUGCAACAGCCAUUCCGCACUCUAACCAUGCCACCGGUGCCAAUGGGCAAGGGCUGGAGGACGAUCAUCUCAACCUGAGCAGCAGGCGGCCCAAAGAUAGGGUGGUCAAGAAGGUUGGCUUUGGCGGGCUGGAGGUGGCCGUGAAGUUGAAGAAAGUGAGAAGGGUGGAUAUCAACUCUGAGAGUGCCAUCAGGAUACAAUGGAGUGCAGUUACGAUCUGA